AUGCAGCCAGCCCUGAUGCUCAACCAUGUGAUUGUCACGUUCCUAAUGGCUGGAGUAGGUGCUAGUGCACAGACGACAUUAACCGUCACGACAGCCGAAGUCGAAAGCACAAGGUCGCUACAGAAAGCCGUGGCACCGGCUGCACCGACGGGGAUUCUAAAGUACGAGCCCAGCAGAGGCGGCAACUACACUGUGGGCUGCGCUUACACUCUGCUCUGUGCGGUCACCGUGUGGCAUGUGCUGCGACGCAAAGACCACUGGGCGCUUUGUUUGCCAAUCGGAUGUCUCUGCUCGGCUCUCGGCUUCUUUGUACGGCCCUCGAUCGAUCCCUACAAUGUCAGCCUGGGACUCUACAUUGUCCAGAGCAUGUUCGUGGUGAUCUCGCCAGCCGCAUUUCUUGCCUUCAACUACCUGCUAUACGGACGGAUGAUCCUGUCCGUGGACAGGAAAUUUGGUGGCUCGGUGAUGGAAUCACACGAGCUGGAGAGGCAGGCUCUGACGACGGGUCAAAAGCUGACCAUGAUGCACAAGGCCAGAGGACGCAAGACGGAAAAGUCGCGAUUCUCGUUCAUUCCGCCUCGCAUCGUGGGGCGGGUGUUCGUAUGGAGUGACGUGAUCACUUUCUUGGUGCAGUGCUCGGCUGGAGGUUUGCAGGCCAGCGGCGGUAGCGGCAACACUGCGAUGGUGAAUGUUGGUGACAAACUUUUCCUCGCAGGUGUCAUCAUCCAAGGUCUCUCGUACAUCUUGUUCACACUGCUUUUGACGUACGCUACUUGCCUGGUGAUUCGAGAUGGCUCGCGUGCAAAAGCGGACUUUACACGGCCAGACACGAUUCUAGGCGUAGACAAGCACGUGCUUGCCCUAGUUGGUGGACUUUACCUAUCGUCGAUCUUCAUAAUCGUAGGUAGCGCGCCGGACGAUGCGUUUGCGUUUGUUUCAGUAGACGACCGAGUACUCGGCUGA